AACACUGGCAACAAGGGUUCAAAGCUUCUUGCUUUUUCAAGUUUUAUAUUUCAUUUAAGAUUUUUCAACAAAGGUUUCUUCGUUGUAAACAGGUACCCAGAAGUUAAACUGAAGUUGAGAUCACAAUUAAAAAGUUUUCCAAUACUUUUAAACUAAGUUUCAAGAAUCAUAGAAUUAUCAUCUUACCUUAUUCUGUCUGUCCCUUUCUCUCUUAAACUUUGCCGAGGCUUAAUGUAGUUUAGCAUAUAUCACAAUAUAAUUUGUUUGCCAAAGAAGUGUACUAGCAUUUACAAAAGAAUAAAAUAAUGAAAACCAAUUUUCAUGAGAAGAAAGACUUCUUUUCUGCUCAUUGAAACGUCUUGAGUAUAAAAUAAUUCAGAGUGGAAAACGCCUAGUAACGCCAUUGACUAGUCUUUUGUUUGUUGGCCAAUAUUGAGUGGAGCCUUGUCCUGUCUGAAUGAUAAAAGGACAGUGUGCCGCCCUACACCGUAUAUGUAGCAGUUUCCAAUCAAUAGUAUUAAUUAGAAAAAAGGAUGAAAUAUUCUCCUGCUAAAACAAUUGAAACCUUGGAAAAUAAAAGGUAGGUUGCGUCGGCUGUCAGUUACUUUCAGUCCCCAUAUAUUAUAUAAUAUUUUCUUCUUUCACUGUUAACCUCAAGUUCAGAAGGAUAGGCGGAUUGAGUGACAACUGUUAGGGAUGGAGAUGAAUGGGACACCUUCUCAACUUGGCUACCAUAUGCCUGCAGAGUGGGAACCCCAUUCACAGUGCUGGAUGGGUUGGCCUGAACGUCCCGAUAAUUGGCGAGGCAAUGCAGUACACGGCCAACAUGUGUUUGCUAAGGUUGCAACUGCAAUCUCAAUGUUUGAGCCUGUGACUGUCUGUGCAAGUGUUGCUCAGUGGGCCAAUGCACGAAGUCAGUUACCACCAAAUAUUAGGGUUGUUGAAAUGAGCAUGAAUGACUCUUGGUUUCGUGAUACUGGGCCAACUUUUGUUGUAAUUAAAGCACAAUCAAAUUCUGAUAAUCCUGAGCAAAAGGUUGCUGGGAUUGAUUGGAAUUUCAAUAGCUGGGGAGGGGUUGAUGAUGGUUGUUAUGAAGAUUGGAGUCUUGACCUUCAUGUGGCAAGGAAGAUAUUGGGAAUUGAGAGGCUUCCUAGAUUUCCACAUACAAUGAUUCUUGAAGGUGGAAGCAUACAUGUUGAUGGAGAAGGGACUUGCCUUACCACCGAGGAGUGCCUUUUGAAUGAAAACAGGAAUCCGAAUAUGACCAAAGAACAUAUAGAGGAUGAACUUAAGGCAUAUCUUGGAGUCAAGAAGGUUAUUUGGUUGCCUCGUGGAUUAUAUGGUGAUGAUGAUACUAAUGGUCAUAUUGAUAAUAUGUGCUGCUUUGCAAAGCCUGGUGUUGUUUUGUUGUCUUGGACUGAUGAUGAAACAGACCCUCAGUAUGAACGUUCCAUGGAAGCCUUUUCAAUUCUCUCAAAUGCUACAGAUGCCUCUGGUCAGAAAUUACAAAUAAUUAAACUACAUGUUCCGGGGCCGCUUUUUAUGACGGAUGAAGAAGCUGAUGGAGUUGCUCAAGAUGGUGAGGCUAAACCAAGACUUCCAGGUACAAGACUCGCUGCUUCAUAUGUAAACUUCUAUAUUGCCAAUGGAGGGAUCAUCACACCACAAUUUGGGGACAAAAAGUGGGAUGAUGAAGCUGUUUGUGUCCUUUCUCAAGCUUUUCCGGACCAUGAAGUGGUAGGCAUUGAGGGUGCUCGAGAAAUUGUUUUGGGAGGUGGAAAUAUACAUUGCAUCACCCAACAACAGCCAGUUGUGUGAGAUUAACCAAAUAAAACUGCAGCAGCCUAUGUUUGAUUUGUAGCCUCAGUUUCUGCAGCAGAAGAUUUGGGUUGUACCAAUGGCCACUUUUUUACAAACUUAACACAUUCUACACAGAUUUAUACUAAUGGUUUAUAUGAAAAUUUCAAAUACUAUAAUAUAAACAAAUAUCAACUUCAUAUUUUAUUAUUGCUUGCACCAUUGUACAAGUUUGGCAACUGAAUUUGGAUUAGAAUUCACGAAAAAAAAUGCUCAGUACAUGGUUAGAUCAUGUAAUAUAAUAAAAUUUAUUAAUUUAGGUAGUC